CACUGGCCGAAACCUUUUUGUUUAUUGAAAAAAGAGGGCCACGGAAGGAAGGAAAUAAUGUUUCGGUUUACUUUACAAAGCCGACUUUUACAUGUAGGUGGCAGUUCCGCCGGUUGGGCUCCACGCAGUGUGAAACAUGCUCAGCGGCACUCAAAACAGGCUCUGCAGCUCAGUCGCCAACGCUUUCACCUUCAAAAGGAAAACGCGCGUAUUCGCCAAUCGGUUAACUACGACUAUGUUGAACAGAGGAGAAUGCAGGGCAAAAGCCGGGAGGCCCUCUCUACCGCUGCCCAUGGACUUAUUCAUAGUGUUAGUAAAGGCAGAAAUCACGAUGCGAGUCAGCACUUCUAUAGUCCGCAGGAUCGGGCUGAUGAUAUGGCGACGGCACGGCACCUUUUACUACUUGGAGAAGCAAAGCGCAGGGAGAUGAAGCGUGGUCGGACACAAAGAUUGGAGACGUUUCGAAGUUUGAAACACCGUUGAUUCUGACCCUUUUUAAAAUUUAUCAAUUGCUUACUUUGGUUACUUACCUUUUAGAUUUUGCAUGCAAAGUGCGCUUAUGCCUGUACUAAAUUUAAAAAGGAUGCUUCUUCGUAUUUUUAUCCAAUCGUUAUUGUUGAUGA